AACCCGCGCGCGGGAUUGUCCGGCCACUGGGCUCCCCGAGAGCGCGAGCGGUCAGCUCGGAGCCAGAGCCGCGCGCGUCCGGGUCCGAGGCCGACGCCAGCCCGCCAGCAUGCCCCCCUCAGCAGCGUCGGGCGGCAGCAGCCUGCCUAGCGGUUUUGCGGUCUUCACCACCUUCCCGGACCUGCUCUUCGUCUUCGAGUUUGUGUUUGGGGGUCUCGUGUGGAUCCUGAUCUCUUCCUCUCUGGUGCCCAUCCCCCUGGUCCAGGGCUGGGUGAUGUUCGUGUCUGUGUUCUGCUUCGUAACCACCACUCUCCUGCUCUUUCUCUAUGUGAUCGGUGCACACGGCAGUGGGACUUUCUGGAUCACCCUGGACGCAGCUUACCACUGUGUGGCCUCCCUGUUUUACUUCGGUGCCUCCGUCCUGGAAGCUUUUGCCACCAUCCAGAUGCAAGACGGCUUCAGGUACAAACAGUACCAUGAAAACAUCUCUGCCGUGGUGUUCUCAUACACAGUCACUCUGCUGUACGUGGUCCACGCAGUGUUUUCUUUAAUCAGAUGGAAGUCUUCGUAAAGCAGCUGAAGAACUUUAGCUGAAAACCCAGGAGGGUGUUAACUGAUCAGCCCACCUUACAGCAUAACAUUUUGAAGGCAAAAAUACUCUCAAUGAUGGAAAAAGAAAACAAAUAGCAACGCUCUGUGUCUUUGUGGGUAUUAGGUCUCCUCUUCCAUAUUCCCUCAUCUUAGGGUAGGGGACUUGCUACGUUUAUCCUCUUAACUAUUGAGCUAUCUUUCUAAGAUCAUUUCCUAUUUGAAAGGGGGCAGUGGGUGUGGGAAGUGGGGACUGUGAUCUGAGAGACCAUGAAACAAGGAUCCCCUGCUGACCCCUGGACAGGAUCUUGAGAACUGUCUACUGGAAUUUUCCAUGAGCUCUUCUGAUUGUCCAUCCUGCAGCAAGUUUCUAAUAUUCAUGGAUGUACUAUGUCUUCAUGGAUAGUCUACGUGUUCACAGAUAUUCUGUCAUGGGGAGUAAGACUUGCCCAACAAGUAUUUGCAGAUGUCCACAGUGGGAGAUGAUAAACCUUUGAAAUGCUUUAUAAAGUGCCCUUAUGUUCAAUA